GAUUAGUUGAAGAAGCUUCUAACGUAUGCAAACAUUGGGAAUCAUUUUAAUAAAGUUCUAAACAAAUAGUUAUAUUUCUUUGGUGUUUGAUCACUGUUCAACGAAAUAAAUUAAAUAUAAAUUAUAAUUAUUAAGUUCUGUGAAGGCAGUGUAUUCAUGGAGUUAUCUUACAUUAUCUUCUCUGUCUUUCUUGUCGUGGGAAAAUAUGAUUCAGCACCUGUUUAUUCGAAUGUUAAUACUAUUUCGCCAUCUUUGUCUGCGAUAAAUUUUAUGAAGGAGUAUGGGUACUUGGAAAGUGGUACAGCUGACUCGGAUGCGUUAUAUGAGAAAAAUGCCAUAACAAACGCAGUAAAAACACUACAAGAAUUCGGCAAUAUCCCAGUUACUGGGCAACUGGAUAACACGACACUUAAGUUAAUGGCAUCUCCACGAUGUGGUGUUCCUGAUAUUUUAAGGAAAAGGAAAAAUCUACAACGUAACAAGCGUUUCGUAAUAGGAUCGAAAGGUUGGAAAACAAGAAACAUCACAUACUUUAUAACUAACUGGACGCCAAAGGUGGGAGAAGAAAUGAUUACAUCUGAAAUUGGAAGGACUUUGAACACACGGAGCGGAUAUUCAAGACUUAAUUUUAAGCCGAUUCAUAGUCCAUAUCCUGAGAUUAUCACUGCUUUUAAUCGAAAAUCUCACAAUGAAGAAUCAGUGCUGCAAAAUAAAAAAAAAUAAAACUUAUUAAAAUUGUCAA